GGGGCGGUGGGGGGGCGGUGCUGGUCGUGAUUGGCAGCGCGACCCGUCCGUCAGCGGCUGCUCUUGCCGGUGAUUGGUCGAAGCGGCGCGGGGAGGCGGGACCUGAAGAGUCUAUAAAAGGCCCGUGCAGGGGUCGGGGCCUCGUAGGUGCUGCGGGAGCGUCGGGACCGGGCGUGUCAUGGUUAGGCCCGGCCCGGCCCGGCCCGGCCCGGCCUUUACCCGCCCCCAUGGUGCCUCCAGUGAUCUUCGCGCGAAAAGUUGCCUGCUCGUUUGGAGAAGAGAACAGCGUGUCCCACGACAGACAAGAGCGGACCCCGAGCACCCGAAACCGCUGCAGCGGCUCCCUGGGUGAACCGCACAGGUCCCGUCAACGGCUUCUCGUCACGCUGGCUGUGAGCCUGGCUUUGAUUGUAGUCGUUGUUGCAGUGGCAGUGAGCUGGCCCAACGGCCCCCAAGGUGCUGGCACCGCUGCCAAGCUGGGCUGCAUCGAUGGCUGGAUCUGGUACCGGGGGAUGUGCUACUACCUCUCUCAGGACGAGGGGAGCUGGGAGUCGAGCCAGCACAACUGCUCCUCGCUCGGGGCCUCGCUGGCCGUGAUCAAGCGGGAGUGGGAAGUGGAUUUUCUCAGGCAAUUUAAAGGCUCCAUUGACUGCUGGUUUGGCCUGCGGCGAAGGGACGGGCGCCUGGUGUGGGUGGACAACACUGUCUACAACGAAACGUUCCCUGUUGACAGCCAAGGCGAGUGCGCCUACCUGAGCUACGAGCUUCCUGCUAGCACAGGAGCUCAAGGGAUAGUCCUCCAUCCAGAAGUGUCUCUGCAAGUCUUCCUCCCGAUACCAUACUGUGCCUUACACCAUGUCCAGAGAGGAACUAGCGUUACGGUGCUGAACUACUAAAUUUUUCCAAUUAUCGUUGCUACAUAUUUAUACUUAGGCUUUUUAGAAUUAUAGCAUCAUGGAAUGGGUAAGGUUGGAAGGGACUGCUGGAGAUCAUCCAGUCUAACCCCCCCUGCUCAAGCAGGGUCACCUGGAGCAUGUUAGGCAGGGUUGCAUCCAGGCAGGCUUUGAAUCUCUCCAGAGAAGGAGACUCCACAGCCUCCCUGGGCAACCUGUUCCGGUGCUCUGUCACUCUCACAGUGAAGAAAUUCCGCCUCAUAUUCAGGCGGAACUUCCUGUGGUUCAGGUGUUGGCAUUUCCUCUUUUCCUAUUGCAUGGGGCUACUGGAAAGAGUUUGUCCCUGUCCCCUUGAGACCUUCCCUUCAGGUUCUUACAGACAUUGAUGAGAUCCCCCCUCAGUCUGCUCUUCCGCAGGCUGAAGGGGCCCAGCUCUCGCAGCUAUUCCUCACAGGGCAGGUGCUCCAGUCCUCUGAUCAUCCUCGUAGCCCUAUGCUGGACUCUCCCCAGUAGCUCCAUGUCUCUCUCGUACUGGGGAGCCUAGAACUGGACACAGUAGAGUAGAGGGGCAGGAUCAGCUCCGUCGACCUGCUGGCAACACUCUUCCUAAUGCAGCCCAGGAGACCAUUGGCCUUGGCCUACAAGGGCCCAUUGCUGGCUCAUGGUCAACCUGGCAUCCACGAGCACUCCCAGGUCCUUCUCUGCAGAGCUGCUCUCCAGCAGGUUAGCCCCCAGCUUGUACUGGUGCACAGGGUCAUUCCUCCCUAGGUGCAGGACUCGGCACUUGCCCUUGUUGAACCUCAGGAGGUUCCUCUCUGCCCAACUCUCCAGCCUGGCCAGGUCUCUCUGAAUGGCUGCACAGCCCCCAGGUGUGUCAGCCACUCCUCCCAGCUUGGGAUCAUCGCGUGCCUGGAGGUCCUGCUUCUUGAAGACUGGAGUGGCAUUGGCUCUCUUCCAGUCCUCGGGCAUCUCUCCUGUUCUGCAGCCCUCGGCAGAACUCGGUGCAUUCCAGCUGCCCUCUCCCGUAAGGGGCAGCUCCACCACCUCGCCUUCCUGGCGUGUCUCCUAAGCAGCGUGUAGCCGUCCAGGACGGGGCCUGCUUAGAAGCAAUGAGGAGACCAAAGGAAACAUGAAACUCCAGACCUAAAUUUAGCAAUUGGUGCGAACCAUCACGUGGGGCCAGGGAAGUUCAGAGUGUGAGGGUGUAAUUGCCCAGGAUUUCCUUUGUUUGGGGUCCCUCUCUGCGCUGCUAGUUACGCGUGUAGCAUUAAACUUGCAUUAUUCUA